AUGUCAUUACUCGUUAAACGCAUCCUUCGAUAUGUCAAGGGCACCAUGUCCUAUGGCCUAUCCUUCACCCGUGGAGAUUCCCUUAAUGUUCUUGAAUACUCGGAUGCUGAUUGGGCUCGAUGUAUUGAGACUAGGCGAUCUACCUAUGGUUAUUCCAUCUUCUUAGGCGGUAAUCUCAUCUCAUGGAGUGCUAAGAAACAACCAACCGUAGCUCGAUCAAGUUGUGAAUCAGAAUAUAGAGUCAUGGCUAAUGCAGCAACUGAACUAAUAUGGCUUACUCAUCUUCUACAUGAUCUGCAUAUUUCCCAUCAAGCGCCAACUCUUCUUUGUGACAACAAGAGUGCUAUAUUCCUUUCCCAAAAUCUGGUGGCUCACAAACGCGCUAAACAUAUUGAUAUUGAUUAUCACUUUGUUCGAGAGCUUGUUCUAUCUAACAAACUCAUCACUUAA